CAUCACCCCGCUCCUCUCCCCGCCCAUCGUCCCUCCCAUGUCCCUCUCCUCCGCCGGCCACCACCCCCUCCCCCUUCAGGCUCGACCAACCCCGAACCCCACUUCCAAUUAGAUAGAUGCAUCACCACCACCACCACCCCGCGGCCGCGCCGGAGUCGGCGGCCCCGGCGACAGACCCUCCGCCGCCCCCGCCGGUGCUCGAUCCGUCCUCCCUCCGCAUCCACAUCCCGUCAAGCCCGCACCACGCGCUGCCGUCCACCCCGCACAAGCGCCCCGUCGUCAUGACCUCGUCCUCCUCCUCGUCCACCCCCACCCGCCCCUCGCCGUCGCCCUUCACGCCGCCGCGGAGGCGCAAGGUCCCCGCGCCCGCUGCGCCCGCGGGGGCCGCCGCGGCCAGGCAUCUCCUUCGCUGCCUGCACCUCCGCCUGCGCAUCCUCCUCCUCAUCUCGCUCCCCUCCCUCUACUUCCUCUCCCCGACCCCCGCCAUCCUCCCGCGCUCCCUCCUCGCCGACUUCCUUUCCGCUGCGGCCUUCUCCUGCGCGCUCCUCCUUCUCCUCUGCCUCUCCCUGCCGCGGCUUCCCUUCGCGCUGCCGCUGCCGCUCCCCCUCCGCCGCGCGCGCCGAUCCCCCAUCCUUUGGUCCAUCGGUUCCUCGCCGUCCGCAUCCGCGACCACCCCCACCACCGGCCAUUUCGUCCAGGUUUAUAGCAACGGCGACGUCUACGAGGGCCAAUUCCACCGCGGCCGCUGCACUGGCAGCGGCGUCUACUACUACUACAUGAGCGGGAGGUACGAGGGGGAUUGGGUCGACGGCAAGUACGAUGGCUUCGGCGUCGAGACCUGGGCCAGAGGUAGCCGGUACCGGGGCCAGUACCGGCAGGGACUCAGGCAUGGCUACGGCGUGUACAGGUUCUACACUGGGGAUGUGUACGCCGGGGAGUGGUCAAACGGCCAGAGCCAUGGGUAUGGCGUGCACACCUGUGAGGACGGUAGCCGAUAUAUUGGCGAGUUCAAGAGGGGCGUCAAGCAUGGCCUCGGCCACUACCAUUUCAGGAAUGGUGACACCUACGCUGGAGAGUACUUUGCUGAUAGGAUGCACGGCUUUGGAAUCUACAGCUUUGCCAAUGGCCAUAGAUAUGAGGGAGCAUGGCAUGAGGGUAGAAGACAGGGUUUAGGCAUGUAUAGUUUCAGGAAUGGAGAGACGCAAGCUGGGCACUGGCAAAAUGGAGUUCUUGAUACUUUAAGCACCCAGAAUUUUGUCCCUGGAUCACCUAUUGCUGUGAACCAUUCCAAGGUCCUUAACGCAGUGCAGGAAGCGAGAAGAGCCGCAGAGAAGGCCUAUGACAUCCCAAGAGUAGAUGAUAAGGUGAACAGGGCUGUUGCAGCAGCUAAUAAAGCAGCCAAUGCAGCCAGGGUGGCUGCCGUGAAGGCUGCACAAAAGCGCAUCCCCAAUAAUGGUGACGAUCUACCACUGUCAGUAGUGUGACAAUGAAGCCAAUAUAUGUUGGCAUGGAGCUGCUUCGCGAUGCCAUCGCAUCACCAAUUGCCCGACAUAACCUUUGGCUUCCCAGUAAGGGAAGCCACUGCUCGUCCAUCAGGCCAUGGCGGGUUGGCGAUACCUGAGUCAUUGCCGGCAGCAUUCAAGCUUGCGGGAGAAGACCAAGUUUUCAGCCACCCCUUCCAUACAUCUUUGUGGUGUCUUUUGCGAUGCAGCAGAACUACUGCUAGGACUUUCCAUUGUCCAAGGCAACUAUAGUUGAGGUCAGCAGUAGGUUUCUCCUGCCUCUUCUGCAGUGUAAUACUCACCCAAUGUUAGAGAUAUGACGAAUGUACACCCCAACAUCAGGAGACAAAAACCUAUGUUUCUUCUCUCUUCGAGCAUGUACAGAACCUACAAGUUUCGCGGUUGCUGGCCGUGUUGGUUGGAGAAACCACUCGUGCCGCCGGCCAUUUUUGUACUUUGUAGUUUGUACCAGAACGUAUAAAGAUAAUAUCAUGAUCAUGAGAGUGUCUCCUGUUG